AUGUAUCAAUUUGUCUCGCCCGUCCGGCGGUUGUUUGGGCAAGUGCACGCUUUGUCCGCUACUGGUAUAAGAAGUAGCCGGUGGUGGAAGCAGUCAGCAAGCGCCCGCAACUUCGUAAAGAUGAAGCCCGGUUGCUGCGCGCUAGUCGUGGCACUGCUCACCGUAUUCGUGCUAAGCGUAUCGUCUGAACCACACGGCCACAAAAUAAACGUUGUGAGACAGUUCAUGAGCGAAGCAGGAUAUCAGGAGCACCGCGAGUAUCAUGAGGAGAGGAGGGAGCAGCAUGAAUCGAAGAAGUUGGAACGACACGAAGAAUGGAAGGAGCAUCGAGAGGAGAGAAAUAGAGGAGAGAAAGAGAAAGGGACGAAAGUAGAGAAGUUGGAUGCUGGUGACCAAGCUCAGGCCGUCAGCUACGUCCGGACCGUUACAGGUUUGAAAUCAUCCGGAGAAGUGUACAUAUUUAUAAAGACACUGCGCGGCUCCCGUGGCUGGAGUUACACUUUCAACUUCUUCAGCGCGCUAGAAGGUCACACGAAAAUCACAACUUUCGUGGAGAUCCUCUACCAGCUGACUAACCAACGCGACGUGUUCAAAGCGUACGCCGUUAUCAACAAGAUGACCGGCCACCUGAACUUCGACGGCGUCCACGAGAUCCUGGAGAAAAUCUCCGGCGCCAAAAGCCUGGAAGGUAUACGGAUCGAAAUCUCGAGGAUAACCGGCAACAACGGACCCUCCGAAGUGCCUCUACUGCUGGAAGCACUGCGUGGAGAAAUUGAUAUCGGAGAGGCCGUCCUCACGUUCAACCGCAUCUGCCGUCGCAAAUCCAUCGCCGCCAGCAUAAGGAUCUUCUUGAAGGCAACGAACAGGACCCAAUUCAAAUACGCCUUGACCGACUGCCUCGAAGAAACCGGAACAACGAAUCUGAGCAUCUUGAUAGAGAGCAUUUACACCAUUACUGGUCGUGAGGAUCUGGAGCAAGUGCUUGUCGUCUUCAGAGAUUGCUUCGAAGUUACCGAUUUGAUAACACUCUUCCAGCGGAUUAAGGUAUUGUCCAACAAGAAGGAUCCAAUAAACGUCCUCACACAGUUGAUACUGUUGACCGAAUCGAAGAAUAUCAGAGAAGCCUGCACAGUUAUCCGAUCCUUGACCACUAAGAAAAUGGCCGUAUUGGAUAUAUUGAAGCAAAUCCUGUUGAAAUCCAAACAGACAGACAUCAUUUACUUCUUCAGGAAGAUCAUAGAGUACACGACGUCGAGAUCAAUCCAAACUGCGUGGGAGAUGUUCAGAUCCGUCACAUACGAGAUCGACAUCUUUGUGGUCAUCGAAACAAUGUACCUGUACACGGAGACCGGCUUCCUGGACGCGUUGCAGUCCUUCCUCAGGGCCACCGGCACCAGCAGUCUGCGCGCCGCCACCUCGGUGCUGAUCAAGUACACAGGGCAACGCGGAUUUUUCUCGUGCCUUCGUUCGAUUCACACCAUCCUAAACACUGAUAUCGUCCGUUUCUUCGAGGCGAUGAUCACUCUAAGCAAGAAAUUCCAGCUGCAAGACUCUGUGUUUGUCGUGCAGAAGUGGACCGAAACCUCUGAUGCAUUGAAAGCGCUCCAUUUCAUAGAACAACAUGGGAGGGACAAAACACCACAGGGGCCAGGUAAAAAUGGAAGUCCGAGUAAUCCGAACAAACCCGUCAAAAAAAAUGACCCCGGGGGGACGGGUUCGCCAACCAACGGACCAGGUGUAACAAAUAAACCGAGAGGGCCAGGACCAUCAAGUCCUACCAAAGGAUCAGGUGUAACAAAUAAACCCGGGCGGCCAGGACCAUCAAGUCCAAAUACAACCAGAGGACCAGGUAAUUCAGGUCCAACAGACGGACAAGGUGUGACAAAUUCACCCGGAGGGUCUGGUACUACAGGUUCACCAUACGGACCAGGUGUAAAAAAUCCACCCGGAGGGACAGGUCCUUCGGGUCCAACCGACGGACCAGGUGUAACAAAUUCACCCGGAGGGCAAGGUACUACAGGUCCAAUCUACGGACCAGGUAAUUCAGGUAAUUCAGGUCCAACCGACGGAAAAGGUGUUACAAAUCCACCCGGAUGGACAAGUCCUUCAGGUCCAAAUACACCCGGAGGGACCGGUCCUUCAGGUCCAACCGAUGGACAAGGUGUAACAAAUUCACCCGGAGGGCAAGGCACUACAGGUUCAACCUACGGACCAGGUGUAACAAAUCCACCCGGAGGGACAGGUCCCUCAGGUCCAAAUACACCCGGAGGGUCAAGUCCUUCAGGUCCAACCGAUGGACAAGGUGCAACAAGUUCACCCGGAGGGCAAGGUACUACAGGUUCACCCUACGGACCAGGUGUAACAAAUCCACCCGGAGGUCCAGGUACUACAGGUUCACCCUACGGACCAGGUGUAACAAAUCCACCUGGAGGGACAGGUCCCUCAGGUCCAAAUACACCCGGAGGGUCAAGUCCUUCAGGUCCAAGCGACGGACAAGGUGUAACAAAUUCACCCGGAGGGCCAGGUACUACAGGUUCACCCUACGGACCAGGUGUAACAAAUCCACCCGGAGGGACAGGUCCUUCGGGUCCAACCGACGGACAAGGUGUAACAAAUUCACCCGGAGGGCAAGGCACUACAGGUCCAACCUACGGACCAGGUGUAACAAAUUCACCCGGAGGUUCAGGUAAUUCAGGUCCAACCGACGAAAAAGGUGUUACAAAUCCACCCGGAUGGACAGGUCCUUCAGGUCCAAAUACACCCGGACGGACCGGUCCUUCAGGUCCAACCGAUGGACAAGGUGUAACAAAUUCACCCGGAGGGCAAGGCACUACAGGUUCAACCUACGGACCAGGUGUAACAAAUCCACCCGGAGGGACAGGUCCCUCAGGUCCAAAUACACCCGGAGGGUCAAGUCCUUCAGGUCCAACCGACGGACAAGGUGCAACUAAUUCACCCGGAGGGCCAGGUACUACAGGUUCACCCUACGGACCAGGUGUAACAAAUCCACCCGGAGGUCCAGGUACUACAGGUUCACCCUACGGACCAGGUGUAACAAAUCCACCCGGAGAGACAGGUCCUUCGGGUCCAAAUACACCCGGAGGGUCAAGUCCUUCAGGUCCAAGCGACGGACAAGGUGUAACAAAUUCACCCGGAGGGCCUGGGACUACAGGUUCACCAUACGGACCAGGUGUAACAAAUUCACCCGGAGGGUCAGGUAAUUCAGGUCCAACCGACGGAAAAGGUGUUAAAAAUCCACCCGGAUGGACAAGUCCUUCAGGUCCAAAUACACCCGGAGGGACCGGUCCUUCAGGUCCAACCGACGGACAAGGUGUAACAAAUUCACCCGGAGGGCCAGGUAAUUCAGGUCCAACCGACGGACAAGGUGUAACAAAUUCACCCGGAGGGCCAGGUACUACAGGUUCACCCUACGGACCAGGUGUAACAAAUCCACCCGGAGGGACAGGUCCCUCAGGUCCAAAUACACCCGGAGGGUCAAGUCCUUCAGGUCCAAGCGACGGACAAGGUGUAACAAAUUCACCCGGAGGGCCAGGUACUACAGGUUCACCCUACGGACCAGGUGUAACAAAUUCACCCGAAGGGUCAGGUAAUUCAGGUCCAACCGACGGAAAAGGUGUUACAAAUCCACCCGGAUGGACAGGUCCUUCAGGUCCAAAUACACCCGGAGGGACCGGUCCUUCAGGUCCAACCGAUGGACAAGGUGUAACAAAUUCACCCGGAAGGCCAGGUAAUUCAGGUCCAACCGACGGACAAGGUGUAAUAACAAAUUCACCCGGAGGGCCAGGUACUACAGGUUCACCCUACGGACCAGGUGUAACAAAUCCACCCGGAGGGAUAGGUCCUCCGGGUCCAACCGACGGACAAGGUGCAACAAGUUCACCCGGAGGGCAAGGUACUACAGGUUCACCCUACGGACCAGGUGUAACAAAUCCACCCGGAGGGACAGGUCAAUCGGGUCCAACUGACGGACAAGGUGCAACAAAUUCACCCGGAGGGCAAGGUACUACAGGUCCAACCUACGGACCAGGUGUAACAAAUCCACCCGGAGGGACAGGUCCCUCAGGUCCAAAUACACCCGGAGGGUCAAGUCCUUCAGGUCCAAGCGACGGACAAGGUGUAACAAAUUCACCCGGAGGGCCAGGUACUACAGGUUCACCCUACGGACCAGGUGUAACAAAUUCACCCGGAGGGUCAGGUAAUUCAGGUCCAACCGACGGAAAAGGUGUUACAAAUCCACCCGGAUGGACAGGUCCUUCAGGUCCAAAUACACCCGGAGGGACCGGUCCUUCAGGUCCAACCGAUGGACAAGGUGUAACAAAUUCACCCGGAGGGCCAGGUACUACAGGUUCACCAUACGGACCAGGUGUAACAAAUCCACCCGGAGGGACAGGUCCUCCGGGUCCAACCGACGGACAAGGUGCAACAAGUUCACCCGGAGGGACAGGUCCCUCAGUUCCAAAUACACCCGGAGGGUCAAGUCCUUCAGGUCCAAGCGACGGACAAGGUGUGACAAAUUUACCCGGAGGGCCUGGUACUACAGGUCCAAAUACACCCGGAGGGUCAAGUCCUUCAGGUCCAAGCGACGGACAAGGUGUGACAAAUUCACCCGGAGGGCCUGGUACUACAGGUUCACCAUACGGACCAGGUGUAACAAAUUCACCCGGAGGGUCAGGUAAUUCAGGUCCAACCGACGGAAAAGGUGUUACAAAUCCACCCGGAUGGACAAGUCCUUCAGGUCCAAACACACCUGGAGGGACAAGUCCUUCAGGUCCAACCGACGGACAAGGUGUAACAAAUUCACCCGGAGGGCCAGGUACUACAGGUUCACCAUACGGACCAGGUGUAACAAAUCCACCCGGAGGGACAGGUCCUCCGGGUCCAACCAACGGACAAGGUGCAACAAGUUCACCCGGAGGGCAAGGUACUACAGGUUCACCCUACGGACCAGGUGUAACAAAUCCACCCGGAGGGACAGGUACUACAGGUUCACCCUACGGACCAGGUGUAACAAAUCCACCCGGAGGGACAGGUCCUACGGGUCCAACCGACGGACAAGGUGCAACAAAUUCACCCGGAGGGCAAGGUACUACAGGUCCAACCUACGGACCAGGUGUAACAAAUCCACCCGGAGGGACAGGUCCCUCAGGUCCAAAUACACCCGGAGGGUCAAGUCCUUCAGGUCCAAGCGACGGACAAGGUGUAACAAAUUCACCCGGAGGGCCAGGUACUACAGGUUCACCCUACGGACCAGGUGUAACAAAUUCACCCGGAGGGUCAGGUAAUUCAGGUCCAACCGACGGAAAAGGUGUUACAAAUCCACCCGGAUGGACAGGUCCUUCAGGUCCAAAUACACCCGGAUGGACAGGUCCUUCAGGUCCAAAUACACCCGGAGGGACAAGUCCUUCAGGUCCAACCGACGGACAAGGUGUAACAAAUUCACCCGGAGGGCCAGGUACUACAGGUUCACCCUACGGACCAGGUGUAACAAAUCCACCCGGAGGGACAGGUCCCUCAGGUCCAAAUACACCCGGAGGGUCAAGUCCUUCAGGUCCAAGCGACGGACAAGGUGUGACAAAUUUACCCGGAGGGCCUGGUACUACAGGUCCAAAUACACCCGGAGGGACCGGUCCUUCAGGUCCAACCGAUGUACAAGGUGUAACAAAUUCACCCGGAGGGCAAGGCACUACAGGUUCAACCUACGGACCAGGUGUAACAAAUCCACCCGGAGGGAUAGGUCCCUCAGGUCCAAAUACACCCGGAGGGUCAAGUCCUUCAGGUCCAAGCGACGGACAAGGUGUGACAAAUUCACCCGGAGGGCCUGGUACUACAGGUUCACCAUACGGACCAGGUGUAACAAAUUCACCCGGAGGGUCAGGUAAUUCAGAUCCAACCGACGGAAAAGGUGUGACAAAUUCACCCGGAGGGCCUGGUACUACAGGUUCACCAUACGGACCAGGUGUAACAAAUUCACCCGGAGGGUCAGGUAAUUCAGGUCCAACCGACGGAAAAGGUGUUACAAAUCCACCCGGAUGGACAGGUCUUUCAGGUCCAAAUACACCCGGAGGGACCGGUCCUUCAGGUCCAACCGAUGGACAAUGUGUAACAAAUUCACCCGGAGGGCCAAGUAAUUCAGGUCCAACCGACGGACAAGGUGUAACAAAUUCACCCGGAGGGCCAGGUACUACAGGUUCACCCUACGGACCAGGUGUAACAAAUCCACCCGGAGGGACAGGUCCUUCGGGUCCAACCGACGGACAAGGUGCAACAAAUUCACCCGGAGGGCAAGGUACUACAGGUUCACCCUACGGACCAGGUGUAACAAAUCCACCCGGAGGGACAGGUCCUCCGGGUCCAACCGACGGACAAGGUGCAACAAAUUCACCCGGAUGGACAGGUCCUUCAGGUCCAAAUACACCCGGAGGGACCGGUCCUUCAGGUCCAACCGACGGACAAGGUGUAACAAAUUCACCCGGAGGGCAAGGCACUACAGGUCCAACCUAUGGACCAGGUGUAAAAAAUCCACCCGGAGGACCAGGUACUACAGUUUCACCCUACGGACCAGGUGUAACAAAUCCACCCGGAGGGACAGGUCCUUCGGGUCCAACCGACGGACAAGGUGUAACAAAUUCACCCGGAGGGACAGGUCCUUCGGGUUCAAAUACACCCGGAGGGUCAAGUCCUUCAGGUCCAAGCGACGGACAAGGUGUGACAAAUUCACCCGGAGGGCCAGGUAAUUCAGGUCCAACCGACGGACAAGGUGUAACGAAUUCACCCGGAGGGACAGGUCCUUCAGGUCCAAUCGACGGACAAGAUGUAACAAAUUCACCCGGAGGGCCAGGUACUUCAGGUUCACCCUACGGACCAGGUGUAACAAAUUCACCCGGAGGGCCAGGUAAUUCAGGACCAACCUACGCACCAGGUGUAACAAAUCCACCUAGAGGGACAGGUCCUUCAGGUCCAACCGACGGACAAGGUGUAACAAGUUCACCCGGAGGGACAGGUAAUUCAGAACCAACCUACGCACCAGAUGUAACAAAUCCACCCGGAGGGACAGGUCCUUCGGGUCCAACCGACGGACAAGGUGUUACAAAUUCACCCGGAGGGCCAGGUAAUUCAGGUCCAACCGACGGACAAGGUGUAACAAAUUCACCCGGAGGGCCAGGUAAUUCAGGUCCAACCGACGGACAAGGUGUAACAAAUCCACCCGGCGGGACAGGUCCUUCAGGUCCAACCGACGGACAAGAUGUGACAAAUUCACCCGGAGGGCCAGGUAAUUCAGGACCAACCUACGCACCAGGUGUAACAAAUCCACCCGGAGGGACAGGUCCUUCAGGUCCAACCGACGGACAAGGUGUAACAAAUCCACCCGGAUGGACAGGUCCUUCAGGUCCAACCGAUGGACAAGGUGUAACAAAUUUACCCGGAGGGCAAGGCACUACAGGUCCAACCUACGGACCAGGUGUAACAAAUUCACCCGGAGGGCCAGGUACUACAGGUUCACCCACUGGACCAGGUGUAACAAAUCCGCCCGGAGGGUCAAGUCCUUCAAGUCCAAGCGACGGACAAGGUGUAACAAAUUCACCCGGAGGGCCAGGUAAUUCAGGACCAACCUACGCACCAGGUGUAACAAAUCCACCCGGAGGGACAGGUCCUUCAGGUCCAACCGACGGACAAGUUGUGACAAAUUCACCCGGAGGGCCAGGUAAUUCAGGACCAACCUACGCACCAGGUGUAACAAAUCCACCCGGAGGGACAGGUCCUUCAGGUCCAACCGACGGACAAGGUGUAACAAAUCCACCCGGAGGGCCAGGUAAUUCAGGACCAACCUACGCACCAGGUGUAACAAAUCCACCCGGAGGGACAGGUCCUUCAGGUCCAACCGACGGACAAGAUGUGACAAAUUCACCCGGAGGGCCAGGUAAUUCAGGUCCAACCGACGGACAAGGUGUAACAAAUACACCCGGAGGGACAGGUCCUUCAGGUCCAACCGACGGACAAGGUGUGUCAAAUAAACCUGGAGGGCCAGGUUCAACAAAUUCACCUGGCGGGAUAGGUCCUUCAGGUCCAACCGACGGACAAGGUGUAACAAAUCAACCCGGAGGGACAGGUGCACCAAAUCAGUCUGGAUCACCGCAAACAAGUCAACCCACUGAGCCAAUGUACUGCUAUCCAUAUUCCAAAGGUGGAAAACUUUCGAAGAAUCAAGGCACCCGAGAUAUCAUGGAAGCCUUGGACGCUCAACUGAAUCUGCACUUCAUGGUACUACCGGAAGGUCCAAAUAACACCAAAAACUGUUACUGCACCUGCGAGGCUACGAAGCCACCCAGAAUCGUAUCUCUGAGGGAGUUGAACGGCCAGUUAAAC